GAACCGGCAAAGGGGGGCCAGCGCGGUCUCCCGGUGAGGAGCCCCACGCUCCGUCAUAGUUAGUCCCUAUAUUAAUUUAGCACCAACCAGAGUAUUAAAGGUGGUCUUCAGCGGGUCCAAACAAAACGGGUGGGGCUAAUUGGCUAGCGUUUGCGGGCUGUGAGCCUGUGAAUGGGUCCCAACAACCUAGCAACCUAUUAGCCCCAAAUCUCCUACUCUCUCGCUACCUUUUAGUCUUCCCAUUGUGCCAAUAAAGAAAGUCUUCUUCUUAUGUUGAUUAUGAAAUAUGCCAAGAGUGACCUUUCGGCUUUGGCGGUAGAGUAGGAUCAGGACGUAUGGCGAUGGCAUCGACAAUGGCCUCUCUUUGGUGAACUCCCUCUGCUCUCCCUUUUGCGCGAGGUCCAAAUCCAAAUCAGCUUUGAUUCCUCGCCUUCUUCGUUGCCACCACCUGGCUUGUCGGAGCCAAAAGGCAUCAACGUGCCGCCGCAGCUCCGCCUGACCAGCCUUCUACCUAUCCCCUGUGCCGCCGCAGCUCCGCCCGACAAGUCUUCUACCCAUCCCUUUGUCCUUUUUCCUCUCCUUCGACCGGUCCACGUUAGAAAUUGUUGUAUAUGGCUAUCUAUUUAGAUUUGAUGGGGUAACUGUAAAAUUUCUAAUACAGUAACUGGGGCAGCAGAUUCACUAUCACCAUCACUACAUUAUUCCUUCUUCUAAAGGAGUAUAGAUACACAUGCUUCUUUUAAGAAAUUGUAGAACUCUCGAAGGAGUAUAGACAUACAUGCUUCUUUUAAACGAAGAAAUUAAGAAAUUAUAUAAGUCGAGAAAAAGAAGAACUGAUUUCUUUUAUGGUAUAAACCAAAACAUAGUAAAUACCCCGACAAAGAAAUUGAGGUGUGGCACAAUUUUACAACGAAAAUUUUUGAUUGGAGAAAUACGUGCUUCUGUUCUGUGCGUGGCCUAAUUGGCACACCUGAACGCUUGAUCUCGAGUUGGACGGCCGAAGAUUUCCAGUAAAAACAUGCCUUGAAUAGGUCAGGGCCAGCCAAACCCGGCCCAAACCUCACUUUAUCCGAGAGCCCGUCGUCUCUUCCAGGCUUCAAGCCAUCUCCACCCCCAACCAACCCCACUGCUCUGCUCUUCGCGCGCCUCCACCGCCGAACCCCAUGGCCGCCGCCGCCGCCGCGGGGGCGACGCCGGCGACGGCGAGGAAGGCCCUGCUCACAACAACCGCCACCCUCCUCUCCUCCUCGCUCGCGCGCAGCCGGCGCAGCCUCUCCUGCUCCGCGGCCGCUGCCUCCGCCGCCCCGCGCAUCGCGCCUCAGCCGCCGGACCUGCUCCGAUGGGUGCAGCGGGAGGGAGGGUUCGUGCACCCCGCCCUCCGCGUGGUCGACCAUCCUGAGCACGGCCUCGGGGUCUCCGCCGCCGCGGCCGAGGGAGACAUUCCCCCUGGCGACGUCCUCAUCGCGCUACCCGGCCGCCUCCCUCUACGACUCCGCCGCCCCGCCGGCGCUGCGGACGCGGUCCUCGUGCAGCUAGCGGACCAAGUACCUGAGGAACUAUGGGCUAUGCGACUGGGCUUGAGGCUGCUUCAAGAAAGGGCAAAAUCUGAUUCUUUCUGGUGGCCAUAUAUCGCAAAUCUGCCAGAGACUUUUACUGUACCGAUAUUUUUUCCAGGGGAAGACAUAAAAAACUUGCAGUAUGCCCCUCUUCUCCACCAGGUGAAUAAAAGGUGUCGCUUCCUUCUCGAGUUUGAAAAAGAAGUGAAACAUAAGCUUGGUACAGUGCCCUUGGAAGAUCAUCCUUUUUGUGGACAAGAUGUAAACUCAUCUUCCCUUGGAUGGGCUAUGUCAGCAGCAUCUACUCGGGCAUUCCGUUUGCAUGGUGAAAUCCCAAUGCUGUUGCCUCUUAUUGAUAUGUGUAACCAUAGUUUUAACCCAAAUGCUAGGAUUGUCCAGGAAGGAAAUGUGGAUAGCCCUGAUAUGUCAGUUAAGGUUGUUGCUGAGACAAAAAUUGAUCAAAAUGCUGCGGUAACACUGAACUAUGGUUGCUACCCUAAUGAUUUCUUCCUUCUUGAUUAUGGAUUUGUAAUAACAUCAAAUUCGUAUGAUCAAGUGGAACUGAGCUAUGAUGGAACUCUCCUAGAUGCUGCUAGCAUGGCAGCAGGAGUUUCUUCGCCUAACUUUUCAGCUCCAGCCAAGUGGCAACAGGAUAUCUUGUCACAGCUAAAUCUGUAUGGAGAGGGUGCUAUUCUAAAGGUCAGCAUAGGAGGUCCAGAAAUAGUAGAUGGGCGCUUAUUGGCUGCUUUAAGGGUUAUUAUUGCAGCUGAUCCGGACGCUGUGAGUGGCCAUGACCUCAAGACUUUGAUGUCUCUUAAGGAGAAAGCUCCAUUAGGCCCAGCUGUUGAAGCUUCAGCACUCCGAACUGUCCUUGCACUUUGCACCUUUGCUCUACAACACUUCCACACGAAGAUAAUGGAAGACGAGGCCAUACUAAAAGGAGAACCACCUCUUACUACUGAACUAGCCGUGCAGUUUAGAUUGCAGAAGAAGCUGCUUCUCCUGGAUGUGAUACAGAAUCUUAGUCGCAGAAUCAAGAUGCUAGCUCUAGACAAAUCCACCGUGUAGGAUUUUUCACGUUUUGGAAUUGCUUUCUCGGACAAUCAAUUACCCUAUUGUACUGAUUCUGGAGAUGACAAUAAAGCCCCAAAUUUUGUCCUGUUUUCUUCA